CAGAACCACAGGGAGGAUGUGGUAAAAAGCCAGAGGAGGGGGGAAAUUGAUUGCUUGCGAAGGCGAGGGGGCUGGGGGAAGGAGCCGUGACGAUCAGAUAACAGAGGUCACUGAAUUCCGGAGGUUAGAGGUUAAAGGCUGGAAGCGGGGGUGGGGUGGGCGAGCAUGGAGGCUCCACCCUUUGCAGAGAUUAUAAAUAGGUAGGCUGGGCUUCUGGCUGUGGUCCUUGUGAUGGUCCUCAAGCCCUCUGACUGCUGCUGAGGACCCAGAGAGCUUGCUGCCGCGGACUGGGAAAGGUGUCUCUGGAACCUACCUCUAGAUCGUCCUUAAGGCUUGAGAAGUAGAUUGGGACCAUGGGGACAGCGAAGGUGACCCCAUCUCUGGUGUUCGCCAUUACUAUCGCCACAAUCGGCUCGUUCCAGUUUGGCUACAACACUGGAGUCAUCAAUGCGCCUGAGACAAUCAUAAGGGACUUUCUCAACUACACUUUGGAAGAAAGGCUCGAAGACCUGCCCAGUGAGGUGCUGCUGACCACCCUCUGGUCCUUGUGUGUGGCCAUCUUCUCCGUUGGUGGCAUGAUUGGCUCUUUUUCUGUUGGACUUUUUGUCAACCGCUUUGGCAGGCGGAAUUCAAUGCUUCUGGUCAACCUAUUGGCCAUCACUGGUGGCUGCCUUAUGGGCUUUGCCAAGAUAGCGGAGUCCGUUGAAAUGCUGAUCCUGGGUCGCUUGAUUAUUGGCAUCUUCUGUGGACUGUGCACGGGCUUUGUGCCUAUGUACAUCGGAGAGGUGUCUCCCACCGCCCUCCGGGGUGCCUUUGGCACACUAAACCAGCUGGGCAUCGUCGUCGGGAUUCUGGUGGCUCAGGUCUUUGGUUUGGACUUCAUCUUGGGCUCUGAGGAGCUGUGGCCGGGGCUGUUGGGCUUAACCAUCAUUCCGGCUAUCCUACAAAGCGCAGCCCUUCCAUUUUGCCCCGAAAGCCCGAGAUUCUUGCUCAUUAACAAAAGGGAGGAAGAGCGUGCUAAGGAGAUCCUCCAGCAGCUGUGGGGUACCCAGGAUGUAGCCCAGGAGAUACAGGAGAUGAAAGACGAGAGCACCAGGAUGGCGCAGGAGAAGCAGGUCACCGUGCUGGAGCUCUUCAGGUCACCUAACUACCACCAGCCGCUCCUCAUCUCCGUGGUCCUCCAGCUAUCUCAGCAGUUCUCGGGGAUCAACGCUGUAUUCUAUUACUCAACCGGAAUCUUCAAGGAUGCAGGUGUCCAGGAGCCAAUCUACGCUACGAUUGGAGCCGGUGUGGUUAAUACCAUCUUCACUGUCGUUUCUCUGUUCCUGGUGGAGAGGGCGGGGAGGAGAACCCUGCACAUGAUUGGCCUGGGAGGUAUGGCUGUUUGCUCCGUCUUCAUGACCGUCUCUUUGUUACUAAAGGAUAAGUAUGAAGCCAUGAGCUUUGUCUGCAUUGUGGCUAUCUUGGUUUAUGUGGCCUUCUUUGAGAUUGGACCAGGCCCCAUUCCCUGGUUUAUUGUGGCUGAACUCUUUAGCCAGGGCCCCCGCCCGGCUGCCGUGGCAGUGGCUGGCUGUUCUAACUGGACCUCCAACUUUUUGGUUGGAAUGUUCUUCCCCUCGGCUGCAGCCCUCAUGGGACCCUACGUCUUCAUCAUCUUCGCUGCCUUCCUCAUCAUAUUCCUAAUCUUCACCUUCUUCAAAGUCCCUGAGACCAAAGGCAGGACUUUCGAGGACAUCGCUCGGGCCUUCGAGGGGCAGGCACAGGCUGGGAAGACCUCUGCGAUGGAGAUGAACAGCAUGCAGCCUGUCAAGGAUACCCCUGGCAAUGCCUGAGGCGGACCUCCCUCCUUCACCUCCCUCCAACGUGGAAAGCAACCUCCUCGAAGCGGGGAGACCUCAUCAGGAUGAACCGGGACUGCUUCUGGACGCUGCUAAUCGAUCCUUUUCUCACCCCACACACUCUGUGAACACUCAGCUGCACCCAUUGCUGGGGUUAGCCGGAUCACCAAUGGCUUGUUAACUGUUUCCUUUCUUGGCUAUUUCUCUUGUAAUCUGAUCGGGAGAGAUUGAGUGAACCUACCUUCAUGUCGGGAGGGGGGCGGCUUAGGUUCUAGGAUCCCCUUCUCACCUAGGGAGCAGGAGUGGGGUGCAGCCCUGGCCCCCCAACCUCAGCUUGCCUGAAAACAAUCUUCAUACCUAGUGUUUUGGGGGGGCAUGGGGAUUAAAUGAGAGCCCUCCUCACUUGUUACAGCUCUGCACAGCUAAGUAACUUGAGUUUUAUUUAUUUUAUCUUCAGGUUUUAUUGCAUAAAUAUUUAUUUUUUUAAGUGUAAUUUUACCAAAUAAUGAAAGAGUUAAGGAAAUUGGGUUGGAGGGAGGUGUUUAGAGAGAGGUUCUAGAGGAGAGAAAGUUUGGUGCUGGAGGGGUGAUGGUGUGGCGUGAACGGAGAACAGACUUGAUUUAAUGGUGGCGUGUGAGCUGCUUCCAUUCUAGACAAAGACUCUUCGAGGGUCUUCCUCAGGAGAGUGAGUGCCUGUAGGAAAAGGCUCACAGCUCUCUGUGGGCCUUUGAAGAUUAGAGUUUUUAUGUAGUGUUACUUGAAAUCUCUGCUUGUUACAAAGGCGGGUUUUGGAGUUAGUGGUGUUGGUGGCCUUUUGCAGAGUCCAGAGAAAGGAAGGCUUGCAGAAUGCCUCUCCUUCCCCUGGGCCAAGCACCUCCUUCCUGUCCUGAUGAACUAACGGUUUCUUUUCCUUUGGUCACCCCUACUACCCUCCCCCUGGUGAGCGAGCCAUAGGAAUGAGAAACUUAAAUGCAGUAGCUUUCUAUAGGCAUUUCUUAUUUCAAUUUUGUUUCUUAAGAGAUUUUAUGUGUUGGUUUUGUUUUAUUUUGGUUUAAAGGGAUUCAUAGCUAACUUUGGAUUUUGUUACCUCAGCUCUGGGAGAGGGUUUUUCCUGAAUGAUUACUAAUUACCUUGUCUGAGUACCUUGUUGCUCUGUGGUCAUGGCAUGCUCGUCUAUGUCGGUUACACUCUCAGGCUACCCAUGUCACCAUGUUCCUGUGAUAGUGCGCUGAGUGCCCGAGGGGGCCUUGACUCUGCUGGACACAUUAGGGACGGUGGAGUGACAGUGUGCGGGGUGGCCCGAUGGAGGAUGUGAAUGUACGUGCACUGGCACUUUGCUCCGCUGUUCAGUGCCCACUUCCUUCGCUCCGGGAGCUCUCUUUUGCUCGAAUGUAUGGAAACUCAUCCCUGUGUUUAUGAGCAGCAGUGCCUCUGCCUGCCGGCUGGGGUGUGCACCAGGAUUAGAGUCCACAUCCGGCUCCCUGUCCUUGUUGGAGAGGGGUCCUUCCUUGAGGUUGAGGAUGGAAGGGCCAGCCUCACUCUCGCUGGGAGGGAUGAUGGGAACAGGAAAAGUGUGAGGUCAGGGCUCCUGGAGACCCAGUUGUGUGGAGAGGGACUAAGAAGCAUGGCGUUGUGAUGUGUUGAGGAAUGCCAAGAUUCCCGGCUGACGUGGGUCGUCACGGAUCCCUCCACACCAUCCCCUCAUUCUCCGCUAAGUUCAUUAAUGGAGGUGGCCCUGAUGACCCCUUUUCCAUCGGUCACUGGAUCCCUCUGUCCCUCUUGGUGCUUACACAUUCCAGACCCUUAGGCAACCCUUUGCAUAGAACAGUAUUUCAGUACUCAGUUUCAGUUCCUGUUCAUGACUCCUUAUGGUCAUUGAGACCCGGGGUGAAAACUCAAAAGCUAUGAAGAGAGCCUUUGCUGGGAAAAGUGGCUCUAACUUACCUCUUCCGCUCCUCAGUGAGCUGGCAGUAUGCUGGGUAGAACUUUUCCAUUUGUCAAUGGCCAGGUUGUGAAUAUUUCCAUAUAUACUUUCUAUUAAUGUUACUGUAGUUUCUGUUUUGAAAUAAAGAUUCUGAAUGUAUAU